GCCUAGCGCGGGGCCGGGAGCGUCGCUGCUUACUUGCUUGCUUGCUGGCGCUCGUGUCCGUCGGCUCGGCUGCAGAGGACGAAACAAAGGGAAGGCGUCCGUGCCGGAUCAGCGAUGGUGGGCAUUCCGGGAGCUUCCCAGUUUGCUGGUGAGAAGAGAAUAUCAGUAAUGCCAGGAUCCCCCGUGGAAGUCAAGAUACAGCCAAGAUCUUCUCCAUCCAGUAUGCCUCCGUUACCACCUGUCAACCCCAGUGGCCCCCGGCCUGUUUCAUUUACCCCAGCAGCAUUACCUAAUGGAAUGAAUCAUUCUCCUCCUACUUUGAAUGGAGCCCCCUCGCCCCCUCAGAGGUUCAGCAAUGGUCCUGCAUCAUCUUCUUCAUCUUCACUGACUAAUCAACAGCUCCCAGCUACCUGUGGGGCUCGUCAGCUAAGCAAACUGAAACGCUUCCUUACCACCCUUCAGCAGUUUGGCAAUGACAUUUCACCAGAAAUUGGAGAAAAGGUCCGGACUCUCGUUCUGGCAUUAGUGAAUUCAACAGUGACAAUAGAGGAAUUUCAUUGCAAGCUUCAGGAGGCUACUAAUUUUCCUUUGCGUCCAUUUGUAAUUCCAUUUUUAAAGGCUAACCUUCCACUUCUCCAGAGGGAAUUGCUGCACUGUGCUCGAGCAGCCAAGCAAACCCCUUCCCAGUACCUGGCCCAACAUGAGCAUAUUCUGCUCAAUACAAACUCGGCAUCCCCAGCGGACUCUUCGGAGUUGCUAAUGGAAGUAAAUGGAAAUGGAAAGAGGCAUAGUCCAGACAGAAGGGAAGAAAAUAACUUUGACAGAGAGCCGAUCCCAUCAGAGCCUCCUGCCAAAAGGGUUUGCACCAUUAGUCCAGCACCUCGGCACAGUCCAUCCCUUAUGUUGCCUGUCAUAAACCCAGCUGGGCAAUUUCAUCCUACACCUCCUCCACUCCAGCAUUAUACCCUAGAAGACAUUGCAACAUCCCAUUUGUAUAGAGAUCCAAGCAAGAUGUUGGAACACAGGGAUUUGCGAGAAAGACAUAGUAUAGGAUUAAAUGGAGGCUACCAGGAUGAACUAGUGGAUCAUCGCCUAACAGAGAGGGAAUGGGCUGAUGAAUGGAAGCAUCUUGAUCACGCGCUGAAUUGCAUUAUGGAAAUGGUAGAAAAGACCAGGCGUUCCAUGGCUGUCCUCCGCCGUUGUCAAGAAGCUGAUAGGGAAGAGCUCAAUUACUGGAAAAGGCGAUGCAGUGAGCCCACCGAGCCACGGAAAGGAGGGAACGAUUUAACUGCGCGGCAGCAUAGCCCGGGGAGCUCAGAUUCAAUCAGCAGCGAAUCUCAGCGGGAGUUCAGUAGCAGGCCAGGAACAGCUGGUUAUGUCACAGAAGAGAUAUGGAAAAAGGCUGAAGAAGCUGUGAAUGAAGUGAAACGCCAGGCAAUGUCUGAAGUCCAAAAAGCAGUAGCAGAAGCUGAGCAGAAGGCGUUUGAAAUGAUUGCUUCAGAAAGGGCUAGAAUGGAACAGACCAUUGCAGAUGCAAAACGCCAGGCUACUGAAGAUGCUUUCCUAGUGAUUAAUGAGCAAGAAGAAUCUACAGAGAGCUGCUGGAAUUGUGGCCGCAAAGCCAGUGAGACAUGCAGUGGAUGUAACAUUGCUCGUUAUUGUGGCUCCUUCUGCCAGCACAAAGAUUGGGAGAGACACCAUCGAAUCUGUGGGCAAGGCCUGCACAGCCAAGUUAAGCCAGUGUCCUUAUCCGCUGGUCGGUCUUCAGCAGCCACCCUCAACGUAGUUGAUGGAAUCACAAGUCCAGCUUUGGAAAAAACAUCUGCAACCACUUCUCGAUCCUCUACUCCAGCCUCUGUAACAGCAGUAGAUGCAAACGCACUCUAAAAGGGAAUACUGCAUUCAAUACAUUUUUGUUAUUUUUUUUUUUUACAUUGGAAAACAGAAACCUCAAUACAUUAUCAAAAAUUUGUAUUCCAGCACUUUGGCAUUUAAGCUAUUUGUUGAAGAGAGGGGUAUUUUCCACAUCAUUACAAUGACAUCUUUAGAAAUCUGUUAGCCCUUCCAUCUUGGGAUUUCAGAAUGGUCUCCUUGGUUUCCUGGAAUACAGAGGACUUUGUUUUAACUGAAUUGUCUCAAAAGAUACUCUAUAUUGUUAUCAUUUUAAACUUCUAACUAGGAGAUUGUUCUCUCUUUUUAUCAUAAAGCAGAACUGCUUGGAAAGCCUUUUCUCUCAGUUUAAUAUUCCCAUUUUUCCUCUGUAUAAUCCGAACAGUUGGGUUUCCACCACCACCAUCCAUUGCUCUUUGAGUACCUCUGGGCUUUUUACAUAUUGUGACAGAGUAAGUAAACCAUUUUUAGAAUCAUUCUCAGGCAAAACUAUGUAAAUGUAACACAAGCAGUAGUCUGGUUGUUAUUUUCACCCUUCCUCCUCUAGCAUCUAAGACUUUUUUGUUCUCAUUUUCAUGUUUUCCAUCAUUCCUGAAAUGGACAUAUGAGGGUGAGACAGAAAAAUGCUAUUCUUGGGUUGUAAAAGGAGGAUCUAAAACUGCUUCAUAUAAUGACUCAUUGGCCUUUUCACAUGACCAGUUUUGGUAUCUUAUGGAUAUAGAGCAGACUGUUUAUGAAUUGGUCUGUGGACCUAAAUAGAUUGAAAUGUUCUGUCCAGAGAUUUUUGCAAAACAUCUUAUUGGCUCUUUUCUCAAAUCAGAUUGGUUUAUUUUGUUAUUCCAACUCUGUCACAUUCUCUCAUCUUCUCUGCAUCAAUGUUAUUGGCUUUACAUAUUUUGUUUUUAAGGUGAGUUGGUGAAUAAAUUAACUGGCACACAUCACACAUGAUUCAAACAAUUGAAAGUUGUAGCUUAGUCCAGGCUUUCAUGAUCUGGUGUCCUCCAGAUACAUUGAUUUUCAGUUCUCAUAAAUUCCCAGACUAGAUAGCCAGUGUCUUAAAUGCCUGUGGGAUUUAUGGGACUUGAAGUCCAAUACCUGUGGAGGGUGUUGUGUUGGAGAAGAUAAGGCUAUUAACUGAGAACAUGUUGGUUAAAUAAGGUUCAGGUCAUACGUAAUAACUUUCAUGAACAGCCAGGGCUAAUGAAAUUCAUUCUAUUUUUCUGUAAGCAAUGUAUAGUUUUAAAAUUGUUGACUCUAGCUAAGGAUUUCAUUUUAUUUAACUAAGGAGUUAAAUAAAGUAUCAUGGCAUGUUUCCAAAACAUUUCACUUAAAGUCUAUAGGUUCCAAGGUUCCAAGAUCUACCCACUGUGUUUUUACAUUGUAUCCAGUUCUUUUGCUGAAUUUAAGAAGGUUUUUUUUUGUGAUUUUCCAUCUUAAACAUACCAGAUUGAUCUUUAUUGGUCAUAAAGACCAGAUCAAGGUUAGAUAGUAGGCAGCUCCAACCCCAGAUAGAAACUGAGUUUUGGUAGCUUUAAGAUGCAAGUUCCUAGAAAGCUGGAGUUGAGGGAAUGUGGGGAUGGUUGAAAAGGGUUAUCCUCUUGCAGUCCAAAUCAUUAUCCGUAAUAAACACAGCUGCUUUUUGCCAACACUAAUAGCAAAAAUCAUUGGGAGAUAUAUUUAUGCAUCUAGUUCAAAUGUCAAAGGAGUGGCUUCAUAUAAAGGCUUUACUUUUGAAAGGUUAUCAGAAUUUAUUCAGCUUCGUUGUUGUAAGAACAAAUCCAGUACUUUGACUUCUAAUCCUACUUGUGGUAUACCACAAACAUCUGUUUUGCCUUAUUCAGAUAUGGUAGUGUGUCUUGCUGUUAAAUUGAGAGAGUUAAUAGAAAGUUCAGAGGAAAAAGGCAUUUAUAUGUAAGUAAAGGCUUUAUUCAUAUGAUGCCAAAAUCCCAUGGUUUAGUGUUAUGUCUGAACUAACUCAUUGUAGCAAAAUAGUUUUCAGGGUGUAUUAGAUAUUCUAAAGUAUUACUUGGUGCUGCUUUGAUUUUUGCAGAUUCCUGUGUUGCAUAUUUCCAUUAAUUCAUGCACAUUGCUUGGAGAAAAAUACUUGAUUUACACCUGGAACUCAUCCUUUAGUGAUGAUUUACCAAAGAGGGAUGUUUUAAAUUCACACUGUUUAAUAAGAAUGAAAAUCCAAGGUCAUGAUUUUACUCAUGUGCAUAGAUACAUUUUAGCAUUCAUUUUAAGAAAAGGUUUGUAGUACUCCAAGGAACUAUCAAGUUUGAUCUCUGAACUGUUCCCAAGUUUUUGCAGCGAAUGUGAAGAUACAAAUUAAAGCUGUGGUGCUAACAUUACUUGUUUCUAAACUGAAUUGCCACCAUUCUCUCCAUAGAACGGAAUGAUACAAGAUCAGCUCCAAAGAAAAGUAUGAAUGUUUGUGUGUGUGUCUGAGAGAGACUAUAUGUGAGAGAGAGAAAACAUACAUUGGCAUUAAGAUUAUAUGUAAAUAGACAGUCUUCCAUAAUUUAACAUGCAACUACAAUGGCUUGCUGUGUAUUAAGUGAAAAAUACAUUAAUGUACAUAGGUUACAUAUUAUCAGUCAUAAUUUUAAAAUGAUUUUUGAAAAUGGAAAUGAAAGAUGUGAAAUGCUACUAUGGGAAUACUUUGUGGAUUCUGUUUUCUAUAUAUUUUUGUCAUUUGAUUCUAUAUUAGGAAUUUUUGUUACCAAUUUCAUGUGCAUAACUUAUUUAAUGUACUGUAUAAAAGAACCCAAACUGUUACAGAUGUAUUUAGUUUGUUCUACUCACAGUAGUCAAUAAAGACUAUA